AUGGACCGGCCCAUCGACUGGUUUGUCGACAUCGCCCAGGUGCCUCUCACCCGCUCCGGCCACUCGAUCGCCUCCGUAUCCCAAACUCCUUGGCUCGACUCCCUCCUCGUGACCGCGUACAUUGGCGCGUUCUCCGCCCUCACAUUCACCGCGUCAUCUGUCGCCGACCGCUUCCGCCCCACCCAACAUGAGGCUGAGGAACGUCGCUCCUUCUUCCGCCGCAAGCUCGACAUAGUCGGUGGCCCUGCCAUUUUCGCCUUCCGGAUAGCACAGUCCCUCUCCACCUCCGCCCUCUGCGGCAUCUGCUGCGCUCAGCUUGUCGCCUUCCUCAACGCCCAGGAUGAGACGUCCGCCCAUGGCGUAAACUGGCCCUUGGUCUUCCAAAUUGCCUCGGUCGCACUUUAUGCGUACCUCGUCCUCCUCACCUUCCUCGGCGCGUUUGGCACCACAAGCACCGGCUUCCGCGCGUACACGCACGGCUCCUGGGUGCUUGCAUGCGCCUGGGGCGUGUACGCGUACCGCGACCUCUGGCCGCUCGCGACCGUCGACCUUUCCCCUGCGGACUCCGCCGAGGGCACGCUCAUGUGGGUCAAGAUUGCCCUCCUCUCCAUCGCCGGUAUCUUCGUCCCUGCCUUCUCCCCCCGCAAGUUCGAACCCCGCAACCCGAAGGACGACCUCGUCGCGUCCCCGGAGCAGGUCGCGUCGGCGUGGUCCCUGCUCACGUACGGCUUCAUGAGCCCGAUCGUGUGGACGGCCUACCGCAUGCCCCAUCUCCCGUUCGACCUUCUCCCACAGCUAUCCGACUUCGACCAUCUGCGCAACCUUAUCCCCAACAGCUUCCCGGUCUUGGACCCUAUGCGCUCCAAGUCCAGGCUGCCCCUGGCGCUCAAGCUGAUCCGUGUGUUUGCGGUCGAACUUACCCAUCUCGCGGCCAUGUCCAUCACUGCCGUUGUUUUCGCCUUCGCUGCUCCCAUCAGCAUCAACAACCUCCUCAUCUACCUCGAAACGGGCAGCAAGGGCAACUUCGCCGUCGAGCCAUGGUUCUGGAUCGUGUUGCUCUUCUUCGGGCGCGUGUUCAAGGUCAUCUCCGACGAGUGGUUCGUGUACAAGACCACGCGCGUGAACGUGCGGAUGCAGGCGAUCGUCACCGAGCUCGUGUUCGAGCACGCGCUCCGCAUCCGCAUGAAGGCCGAGACGUCGGACAACGCCACGGCGGACGACAGCAACGCCCCGACUGCAGUCGCAACCCCGGACAACGCGUCCCAGGCCGACGUCGACGCGUCGAGCACCGACGACGCGGACACCGAGACUGGCACUCAUUCGGCCGAGUCGAGCACCGCGACUGCGGUUUCGCCGUCGCCCCAGCGCCAAGACAAGGACAAGGGCAAAGGCAAGGAGGAACCCGCGAAGAAGGAGGAACCGAAGAAAGAGAAGGGCAAGAACCUCGUUGGCCGCAUCAACAACCUCGUCUCGAGUGACUUGAGCAGCCUCGACUUCUCGUCCAUGCACCUCGUAUUCUCGGCUGGAGGCACGUUCUCUCUCGACUUCAACCUUCUUGAUUUAACUUACAUUGGCUGCAGCGCGUGGGUCGGGUUUGCGGCGAUGAUCCUCACGCUCCCCAUCCCCGGUUACAUCACUAAAUACCUCAGCACCACGCAGCGCGAGAAAAUGCAGCGGACCGACGGGCGUGUGCAGCUGGUCUCGGAGAUGAUGAACGUCAUCCGCAUGAUUAAGCUUUUCGGCUGGGAGUCGCGCAUUUUGUCGCAAAUCAAGGAGAAACGUGAUGAGGAGUUGGUGGUCAUUCGCAGGAACAAGCUCCUCGGCGUCUUGAACAACUUGUACAACUACUUCGUCCCCAUCCUUAUCAUGCUCGUGACUUUCUUCACGUACUCGGUUAUCAUGAAGGAGUCGUUGACCGCUGCGAAGGUCUUCUCGGCGAUGAGCGUUUUUGACAUGCUCCGCAUGGACAUCGCCGCGACUUUCUACAUCAUCCCGGCCCUCAUCCAGACUCACGUCGCCAUUGGGCGUAUCGCGGACUUCCUCUACAACACCGAGCUUAUCGACGAGUUCACCGAGGCCGCGAACCCGGAGACCGCGCUCGUCCCCGCCCCGAUCCCCGACUCGCACAAGGACAGCGUCGGCAUCCGCCACGCGUCCUUCACCUGGGCCAACGACUCGGCGCAGCAGGCGUCGGUCACACCCGGGGGCACGCGCCGGCGCGCCUUCGCGCUCCACGUCGACGACGAGGUCUUCUUCCGCCGCGGCAAGGUCAACCUCGUCGUCGGCCCGACCGGCUCCGGCAAGACCUCGCUCCUGAUGGCGCUCCUCGGGGAGAUGCACUACCUCCCGCAGGGCCCGGACUCGUUCGUGAGCCUCCCACGCGCGGGCGGCGUUGCGUACGCGGCGCAGGAGAGCUGGGUCCAGAGCGACACGAUCCGGAACAACAUCAUCUUUGGCGCGCCGUUCGACGAGGCGCGGUACAACAAGGUCAUCUCGCAGUGCGCCCUGAAGCGCGACCUGAGCCUCUUCGAUGCUGGGGACCAGACUGAGGUCGGCGAGAAGGGUAUCACGCUCAGCGGUGGUCAGAAGGCUCGCAUCACCCUCGCGCGUGCAGUCUACUCCAACGCGGAUAUUCUCUUGCUCGACGAUAUCCUCGCCGCGCUCGACGUCCACACCUCCCGCUGGAUCGUCGAAAAGUGCCUCAAGGGCGACAUUCUCCGUGGCCGCACCAUCGUCCUCGUGACGCACAACGUCGCCAUGGUCAGCCCGAUCGCCGACUUCGUCGUCGACAUGGGUGCGGACGGGCGUAUCGUCAGCCAGGGGUCUCUCUCGACCGCGCUCGCGCACGACACGAAGUUGCUCAAGGAGUUGAAGCAGGACGAAGAGGAGAUGAAAAAGGCGAGCCAAGAGCUCGACGCCGAGGAAGACGAAGACGAAGACCAGGAGGCGAAAAAGGACGCCGGCAAGCUCGUCGUCGAGGAAGAGACUGAGCUCGGGCAUGUGGGCUGGGACGCACUGAAGCUCUUCAUCAUGAACAUGUCGAGUACGCCUGUGCUCUUCUGGGCUGUGUAUAUUGGCUUGUACAUUGUCCGCCACGCGUUGAACAAUUUCCAGACUUGGUACCUCGGUUACUGGGCGGCCCAGUAUGAAGUCAUGCCCGCGGAGGACGUCGAUGUGUCUUACUACCUCGGGAUGUACUCUGUCACUGUCCUCAUCGGCAUGAUUAUGUCGGCAUUCUGUAUCAUCUACUACGUGUUUGGGACCAUCCGGGCAGGGCGGAUCAUCCAUGAGAAACUUGUCGUUUCCGUCAUGGGCACCACGCUCCGCUGGCUCGACAAGACACCGACGUCGCGCAUCAUCGCGCGCUGCACUGAGGAUAUCCAGGCCGUCGACAACCGCGUCGCGAUGACCACCGAGUUUGUCGUCCAGAUCGGAGUUUUCAUGAUCCUCAAGAUGGUCUCCGUCGUCAUUUUCUCGCCCAUUUUCCUCGGCCCAUCGCUUGCCGUUGCGUUCCUUGGCUACAACAUUGGCUCCAUCUUCAUGAAGGCACAACUUUCCGUCAAGCGCGAGAUGAGCAAGGUCAAAGCGCCGGUCCUAGGCCACUUCGGUGCCGCUAUCACCGGAAUCACUUCCAUUCGCGCCUAUGGCAAGCAGGAAGACUUUAAGAUGGAGUCGCAGAGGCGCAUCGAUCGCUUCAGCCGUGCCUCUAUCACGCAAUUUAACCUCAACCGCUGGGUAUCGAUGCGUGUCGACUUCGUUGGUACUCUGUACAGCACGGCCCUGACCACCUACUUGGCGUACAUCGCGCACAUCAGUGCAUCCAAUGCCGGUUUCUCGCUCAACAUGGCCGCUGCCUUUAGCGGUGUCAUCUUGCAGUUCGUCCGUGUCGUCAACGAGUGGCAGGUGUCUAGCAACAGCUUGGAGCGUAUUCAGCAGUACCUGAAUGUCGAGCAAGAACCGAAGCCCACACCGGAGGGUGUUCCUCCCGCGUACUGGCCCGCCAGCGGUAGCCUCCACGUCGAGAAGCUCUGCGCUCGCUACUCCGAGACCGGCCCCCGUGUCCUCCACGAGGUCUCGUUCGAGGUCAAGUCCGGUGAACGGGUGGGCAUCGUCGGGCGUACAGGCAGCGGCAAGAGCUCCCUCACCCUCGCGCUCCUUCGCUGCAUCCUCACCGAGGGCCACGUCCGCUACGACGGCCUCGAGACGCACAACGUCAACCUCGACGCGCUGCGCUCGAGCAUCACCAUCAUCCCGCAGGUGCCCGAGCUCCUCAGCGGCACGCUCCGCCAAAACCUGGACCCCUUCUCCGAGCACGACGACGCGGUGCUCAACGACGCCCUCCGCUCCGCCGGCCUCUUCUCCCUCCAGGACGAGGGCGACCACUCCCGGAUCACGCUCGACUCCGAGAUCGCGGGCGGCGGCGCGAAUCUGUCCGUCGGCCAGCGCCAGAUCCUCGCGCUCGCGCGCGCGAUCGUCCGCCGGAGCAAGCUCCUCAUCCUCGACGAGGCCACGUCCGCGAUCGACUACGAGACGGACACGGUCAUCCAGGGCUCGCUGCGCACGGAGCUCGGGAAGGACGUGACGCUCCUCACGGUCGCGCACCGGCUCCAGACGAUCAUGGACUCGGACAAGAUCAUGGUCCUCGACGCGGGGAACAUCGUCGAGUUCGGGAGCCCGGCGGAGCUGCUGAAGAACGAGCAGGGCAUGCUCAGGUCGCUCGUCGACGAGAGCGGGGAUCGCGAGAAGCUGUACGCGAUGGCCAUGGGCGCGGCGAAGGCGUGA